AUGUUUAGAAACACAUUAUUGAAAUUUUCAAGAAAUUCUAGGUUUAUUAGACAGCCACUCGUGCCUUCAACUAUCAUAAGUAGGCCACAACUCGUUCGUUUUUAUGCCGGUUUCCCAGCAUUGACUAGAGAUAUAGCCAAGGAAAGGAUUUUAGAAUUAUUAGAAGGCUACGACAAAAUAGGUGACUCGAAGGAAAUUACAGAAAAAUCAUCUUACAGUCAGGAUUUAGGCUUGGAUUCUUUGGAUGUUGUUGAAAUAGUUAUGGAAGUCGAACACGAAUUUAACAUACAGAUACCUGAUCAAGAAGCAGACAAUUUGAAAACUGUCGGCCAGACAAUCGAUUAUAUUCUUGCUCAGGAUGAUGCGUGCUAG